GACUUGUGAAAAUCGCAGUAAUCAGACCCUGAACUGAUUCAGAAUGCCCCAGUUGAAGUGACUAAUUCUAUGGGCUCUUCCUGUCGGAGCCUGACGGGCUACGCGCGACUCGUUAACGUAGGUAUCCGAGAGCAUGUAUAGAUUAUAGUGUAGACUAUCGCCUAGAGCUCAUCAAUUGCGGUAGGCUCGGCAACCCGAGUCGACUGUCUGCUUUUCGAUGUACCACAGUCCUCGCGUCAUCUUGACGCGCACUUGUCCUUCCAUUUCCUGUCCGCCGCAAUGAGCCAACCGAAGACAGCGAAGCCAACUUUCUAGCUGGCUCAGCCACUUGCGAACUCGACGUCAAUCACGACAUGAGCCCAGGGCCUUCGAACAGUGUUCGUAUUGAAGAAAUACGUCCAGAGAUGGCUGAAGGCACGUCCCCCGUUCUCCACUUUCCGAUAUCGCCAGGGUGUUUCCAUCCGACGGGAGCUAAGCGCCAGGAAUUCGCCGACAUCGUGCGAGAACGUGUCGACUCUCUGCUCAUUGACGAACAGCACUACUCAGAGCGUCGAAACCGACGACUUCCACCGUUCGAUACACGGGAGUGGAAACAGGUGCAAACGAGCAAAGAGCUUCGGUUCUUUAAACGAGUUCGUGGAGGUCGAACGCUGGAUCAAUUGUCGAGCGAGGAAACUCACCCGGACAUCAGACAAGCGGUGGAAAAUGGGUACUCGACUAUGCUCUGCGACGGACAAGUACGAGGAUCGAUGGAGGACAUGAUGUACGGGAUGACAGCUUCUUCUCAAGAGGACUUGAUGACUGGUUUCUCGUAUAAGAACGCUCCAAAGGACUGUGUGUGGUUGGGCACUGCCGAAGGACCCACUUCCGACGACCCAUUUCGCUCUGCUGACUUCAUUUGGGCAUUCCCGAAGCUACCGGCAUACUCUGUCGAUAUCUGCUACCUGAAAGCCACAGGUGUCGAAAAAGAUCGAGACGGGAAACGCUACGGAUAUUUGGUUCUACAUUCGGUAGAUUUGCCACAAUGCCGUCCAUUUGAAGCUCGAGGCGUCACGAGAGCGAAGAUGUACUUCGCUUGUCUCUUUCGAGAGGUUACUCCCGGGUAUCUGAACGUGACGGUGCGCGGCAUUUUCAACUUGGGGAAAAGACCCGGCAAAAUUGCCAAGAAGUUAGUCGCGGCUGCAACCAAGUCCUUCAUGAUCGGUUUUCUCAACGGCGAAGGGAUCGGAUUAGCCAAGAAACUCACCAUUAUGGCACGUCGUAACAGAGAUCCCCUUCGAAUCCACAAGCAGUCCGAGUGCUCCAUCUGCUUCAAGACGAAGAGGAAAUUGCUCUUCGGCUUGAACACGCAUUUAUUCCAGUGUGGCGUGUGUGGAGUCACGGCUUGUUCAAACUGUAUAGCAAAUACCAAGCAGAUUCUCUUCUUGGGUUUGGAUGCCCCACGCUCAAAACGACCGUGUUGCUUAACCUGUAUGCAAGACGCUCGGGUUACGUGGGGAGUUCUCCCAGGAGAGCCGGAAUUCCAAUUUAUCUCCGACUUCUAUCUGCGUCGACGUACGCGCUCAGUAUUGUCGCCAAGUAGUCCCGUUUCAGGAGGUUUCCGCUCUCCGUUGCCCGAGAUUUACCCGCUCGACACGAUGACUCGCAAUCGAAGCAGUAGACGUCGAUCUGCCUUCAAGUCGAGUUUGUCCGCAGACUUGCGGACCAUUUCCACGGCUGACGAAAGUUUAGACACGGACCCGUUCUCGAGAGAGCUGGAUGAAGCGGAUUUCUGCUUCAGCGACGAAGAAUCCAAUAGCUCCAUCGUGGCCCAACCGGAUCCGAGUCCUGUCAUGUCCAGCGACUCGGACAAGAGCACAUUGACGCUUUGGACUGGGGCGCAUCGACUACACACGGACGACUUCAUACCCGCCAGUAGAAAAUCUCCACCGCGCUCAGAGUUUGAGGUGAUGCAGACUCUAUUUCAGCUCAAUGUCAAGGCCGAGAACACGUACAUUCAGACACAAGUUACAGCGAGAGGACUUCGUGGGGCUGAGCUCGAUUGACAUCGUGCAAAUGGUGUGAAUACUAUUUUUUUAAGACUUAACUGUAGGUAAGAAAUUAUGAAUUUGACACGUGAAUGUUUAUCGAUGGUUAUCGAUAUUGACGACAAGGAAUAAAUGUAACAUGAACAUUGAUA